GUGGCCUUGCGCAGCCACCAAGCUGCAGCAGGGACACAGGGGACAGCCCAAGAGGAUGGCCAGCAGGAAGGCAGGGACCCGGGGCAAGGCUGCAGCCACAAAGCAGGCCCAACGAGGUUCUUCCAAUGUCUUUUCCAUGUUCGAACAAGCCCAGAUCCAGGAGUUCAAGGAAGCCUUCAGCUGCAUCGACCAGAACCGUGAUGGGUUCAUCUGCAAGGCUGAUCUGAGGGAGACCUACUCCCAGCUUGGAAAAGUGAGUGUCCCCGAGGAGGAGCUGGACUCCAUGCUCCAGGAGGGGAAGGGCCCCAUCAACUUCACCGUCUUCCUCACGCUCUUUGGAGAGAAGCUUAAUGGGACGGACCCCGAGGAAGCCAUCCUGAGUGCUUUCCGAAUGUUUGAUCCCAGUGGCCAGGGCGUGGUGAACAAGGAUGAGUUCAAGCAGCUGCUUCUGACUCAGGCAGACAAGUUCUCUCCAGCUGAGGUUGAACAGAUGUUCGCCCUGACACCCAUGGACCUGGCAGGGAACAUAGACUACAAGUCCCUGUGCUACAUCAUCACCCAUGGCGACGAAAAAGAGGACUGAGGGAAGGACCUGACAAGGGCUGGACUUAGGAGGCCUGUAAGACACUCAAUAAAGGCGGUUGCCGAAUGAA